UGCUCUUCUCCAACAUAGUUUCCCUUCGAGCUUCCGGUGGAUAACAAAGCAUCAACAUAAUAUAUAAAUUUGGAAUACUUCGAUUAAUUUCAAUUAAUUUCUGAUUUAAAGGAUUUUAAGCCUUUUGUUUACGCUUUGUGUAUAAUGCGUGUAUUUGUGUUAGUGAGCUGUUUGCUGGCGGGCGCUUUGGCGCGUCCUGAGGCUGGUUACACCUACAAUGGAUUAUUACAAAAUGCCGCCUCUUUGCAUCAGCAAUUACCCACCGAGCACGCUUUUGCCAAUUUUGCAGCACCGCCACCCACCACCUACGGCACUCCGCUGAACGGUGAGCCUACACUGAACAACAUCGAACAAAAUGCCGAGAUCGGCGCAGCCGAAGGUGGCAACCAAUUCCAACACCAGCACCAAGCAGUACAGCCACUGCCACUCGAUCAGCAGGAUUCCUACAACGCCGCCUACCAACACUCCAGUAUCGAUCAAGACGGCGGCUAUCCAUAUGCACCACAACCCACCACAGUGCACAAGCAUGUAUAUGUGCAUGUGCCACCAAAGGACUUUGAGGAUGAGGAUGUGAUCGAGACACGCGUACGUCAUGCCCCAGCUGCCAAGCAAAAACACUACAAGAUCGUCUUCAUCAAAGCACCCGCACCAGCAUCCAUACGUCCACCAGUGGUGCCACCACCACCACAAAACGAAGAGAAGACACUCAUCUAUGUGUUGCAUAAGAAACCCGAAGCUGUCAAGGAUAUUGUCAUACCAACUGCUGCGCCAACAAAACCAUCUAAACCUGAAGUUUACUUCAUCAAGUACAAGACCAAGAAGGAGGAGGCGCCCGUAUAUGGACCACCACCACAACAGCAGCAAGACCAACAGCAACAACAAAACGGUAAUAGCAUCAACGGUGCCGAUCUGGAUCCCCGUCAUUCCGAUGUGCCAGCCGGCGAGUAUGGUGCUCCUGCAGCUGAUGAGUACUCUGCUGAUCUCACUGCGCCACUCACCACCAUCCAGCCAGCGUUGGAACAGGAACAAUCGCCAGCACUCGAACAACAGCCACAAUUUGUAAGCGAUUUGCCUGCCGAUGCUUUUGACUUGCCCACUGCGCUACCCUUCGCCGCCGUUGCUGGUGAUCAGCCACAACCUACAGCGCCAGCGCCUAGCAAUCAGUACUUGGCACCAGAGGCUGUUGGUAUGGCGCCCAUUGUUGUGGAAGAGCCAACACAUUUGCCAUCGUCCAAUUAUGGACCACCCACCAGCAACCGUUUCUUCCUGAAGAAGAAGUGAGGUGACAAAUUCGCCAAGAGAGCUCUUCAUUGCUCUAUCAACUAGUAAAUUUUUACAUACAAACAUUAUUAGUUUAGUUGUCAUGGACAAAGAGGCAAAGAAUUUGUAUUCGAAACCUUCCAAAUACCGUUGGCCAUUCACAUCAACACAUACAAACAUACAUACGCGUCAGCAUUCAGCACAUGUUAAGCCCUAAAUGCACUCAACAUAACCACAAAACAAACGCAAAAAACAUACUUUCGAGCUUAAAAGAGUUUUAUGU